UUUGUUCAAGUUGCAAAAGAUAAUCCCUUGAGCGAACCUAUGGAAAUUACUGACGAUUCAAUUAUUCGGUUUACCAUUCAUCAGGAUAAAACUAGUGGGAAUUGGUGGAUUACGCAAGUGUUUAAAGACUCUUCUGUGAGUGAUAUGGGCUACUGGCCAAAGGAACUGUUUAACCUAAUCGGCGACGGCGCUCAAAUGGUUGGAUUCUCCGGCAUGGUCAGCGCUCCUCCGAAUUCUCCGAGCCCACCCAUGGGUAACGGCAAUCGACCAAAAUAUGACGAUCCUUAUCAUUCGGGGUUUUUCAAUAACCUUCAAAUCAUGGGAAAUGAUUAUUCGUUGGAUAGAGCAGACAUGUUUCCAUUGAAAAAGUUGGUAGACAGCGACCAAUGUUAUGGUCUAGACUAUGUUGGAUAUGAUAACCUUAAUGUCGGUGUCUACUUCACGUAUGGAGGUCCCGGAGGAAAUCCAUGCGGUGUCUAGGUCCACUCGA